GGAGGACAGCAAAAGCUAGCCUUAAACAUUGUUUCCUUUUAAAGUUUACCGAGAAAACAGGAUGCAGCGGUUUUGAAUAUGAAAUGCAAAUUCACAAGUCUUACUUGGAAAUGGAUUAAGCAGGCAGAGUUGCCAUUCUGUUCACAGAAGCGUAAGACAUAUAAUCCCCCCCAAAAUAACUAAUUAAAAUAUAUUCAUGACUCGAGUGAGUCUGGUGUGCGAUGGCUAUGAUCUUUUUACUCCUGUUGUUACAACUUUUGCAUGGAACUGAUGGAGCAGAACGUGAACCAGCAGAGAUCGCGUGCGCGACCAGCGCCUGCUACACUGUGCACAUUGAGAACAGCACGUAUGAAGAGGCAAAGAAAAAUUGCGAAGAUAACGGCGGGAAGCUGGCGACUAUUAAAGACCAAGCGGAGGCUGGGGAAGUCCGUUCGGUCCUCUCGCGGUUUGGUAGAAGUGACAUACCGCAAAGCUUUAAAUUUUGGAUUGGACUGAAACUGCGGAAAGGGAGCUGCAUCUUUCCAGAAGGGAGUCUGAAAGGUUUUACAUGGAUAUCAGGAGAGCAUGACACCGAGUAUUCGAGCUGGGAGAAGGAACCUGAAAUCACCUGCACGGAAGAACGUUGCGUUUCUGUCCAUCACACAUCGUCUCCAAAAGAAUCAGGUAGUUGGGUGCUUUGGACAGACCGAUCUUGUAAAGAUGUGGCCGGAUUCGUAUGCAAGUUCAAUUUUAAGGGGAUGUGCAAACCUCUGCUUUUGGCAGGACCUGGAACGGUAAGAUACAACACUCCUUUUGUCAGAAGUCCCUUGAGUGAUGACAGUGUCCUGACUAUGUUACCCCACGGAACAGUUGCAGAAGUGUCGUGCAGUGGUGAUGCGCAAUACACCUCCUGUAAGGACAUGAAUGGUUUUUUCGGCUGGGCUAAAUCUGGUCCAUUCUGCGACUCCAGUAAUCAGGGAUGUAAAUACAAAAACGGAGGCUGUGAUCAUUACUGUAUUGACAGCGACCACAGGGGCGUCCGCUGCGAAUGCAAAAAUGGCUUCGAACUUGGAGAAGACAGCGUCACCUGCGUCCAUAAAGAUAACUGCAAGGAUUCUCCAUGCAAAUUUAAAUGCGUUCCUACCACUACUGGAUUUACUUGUGCUUGCCCAGGGGGGUUCGAAUUAGCUAAGGAUCAGAUUAGUUGCACUGAUGUUGAUGAAUGUUCAUCCCCCGUCUGUGGUAGCCAUACUUGCCAUAACACACAAGGCAGUUAUACCUGUCACUGCAAGACGGGUUACAGGUCGAUCAGUGGUAAAUGCGAAGACAUCGAUGAAUGUCUCGCAUUCCCCUGUCCCCAAGGCUGCCUGAAUUCACCGGGCUCGUACUCCUGCUAUUGUUUCUCGGGCUAUAGGCCGGCGAAGGACGGACGAGGUUGUGUGGAUGACGACGAGUGUCUUAUCAGUCCUUGCGCUCAGAAUUGCACCAACACUCCCGGUAGUUUCAAAUGUUCCUGCAGUAAGCACUUCCGAAUAGCAGCGAACGGUGUCACCUGUAUUCCUGAUCCGCAGGGGGAAUUUCCAGCACACCAAGGGGAACAACGAGAAAAGGUUUGGCAGAAAACCGAUGGCCAUAUCAAUACUCCAGAGGCCACAAUCGCUACGGUCUCAACGCCACGUUACGACACAAUUUUAACUAACAAUUUCCCAGAUGAAUCCACAAGCGUGGUGUACAAUGGUGCAUCCAGUGCUACUACUACUCUCCUCUCUGAAGUGAAUGAGGAAACUGUCCAUACGAACAACAGCGUACGCCAAGUAAACAACUUAAGCAAGACGUGGAUCUUAGCUUGUACCCUGGGCUCGGUCGCGGCCCUUCUCCUCGUGAUUGCUGUGAUUUCAGUCAUCGUGGUCUGUCGCUCAAAUCGUUUGAGAAAAGACGCGAAAAAACAGAACUCCACAACAGACAGUUACUGUUGGGUUUCCCCUGGUAAUGUCACUCAACUAGAAAAGCCAGAAGAGCAAAAAUAACAGACAGUGAACCCACAUGGAGUGGAAUAUAGGAAUGUUAGUUUGAAAUGUGUAAAUAGUAAUAACCGCAAAAUAAAGGAGAGCAUGUAUGGCCUUGAUUUUCAAGAUUGAAUUUAAGGUACUGGGUUACACGCCUUGUCCAUGAGACGAAUUAUUGUCUUAAAUUAACAAAGUGUGCAAAACUUUUUAUUUCUGCAUGUCAACAUAAUUAGUAUGUCAAUAAAUUAAGCUUUUGGCUUCAUGCAAAUGCGUUCUUGUGGUUGUUAUUACUUAAAUAAAUAAUAUAUAAUAACA